AUGGAUAAUUUGAAGAAAGGUUCAUCUGUGACAGAGGACCAAAAAAAACUAAUGCUUGAAUUCAUAAAAAAAAAUCAAAAACUUAUCUCCGGUAAAUUCAGCAAUGAAUUCACCCAAAAGCAGAGCCAAAGUUUGUGGCAGGAACUUACCACUCUUUUAAAUAGUUGUCCUGGAGCCAACAAAGAUUGGAAAGCAUGGAGAAAGACUUGGCAAGAUAUUCGUUCACGAACAAAAACUAAACAAGCUAAAAACAAAACCCAGCAAGAAGCUACUGGAGGCGGAAACUUCGAAAAUAAUCCAGUCACACCAUUUGAGGCUCAAAUUCUGGAUAUAAUUAAAUCAGUUUCCAUAGAAGGACACACUAAUGUCAGUGAAUCAAAAGUGGAAUUCGAAUAUGAAGUCCCUCAACCUCGCCCUCAACACAUAGAAAUAAUUUCUAUACAUAGCCCUGAACCAAAUAUAAAAAAAGAUAACAGAGCACCAAAUAUUGAUGAACAGAAUAAGAUCUCAGUACAUUUCGAUUGCCGGAACCACAUACGAGUCAUUCAAUCUAUGGGCAACGGAGACAGAUUAUACGUUUGUGGAACAAACGCACAUAAUCCCAAGGAUUGGGUCAUUAACGCAAAUUUAACUCAUCUAAGUCGCAAUAUCUUCGUCCAUGGAAUCGGAAUGGGUAUAGCCAAAUGUCCCUACGAUCCUACAGAUAACUCUACAGCCGUUUGGGUUGAAAAUGGAAAUCCUGGAGAUUUGCCUGGGCUAUAUUCAGGUACCAAUGCCGAAUUCACAAAGGCUGACACCGUAAUUUUUCGAACGGACUUGCAUAAUUUAACAACAGGCAAGAAAGAAUACAGCUUCAAGAGAACUUUGAAAUACGACUCCAAAUGGCUUGACAAGCCAAACUUCGUGGGUUCCUUCGACAUCGGAGACUUUGUCCUCUUCUUCUUCAGGGAAACAGCCGUGGAGUAUAUAAAUUGUGGCAAAAGCGUCUACAGUAGAGUGGCACGAGUUUGCAAAAAGGACACUGGUGGUAGAAACAUUUUAACUCAAAACUGGGUCACAUACCUUAAGGCCAGAUUGAACUGUUCAAUUCCUGGAGAAUUUCCGUUCUAUUUUAAUGAAAUUCAAAGCAUCUACCGGGUCCCUGGAGACAACAAUAAAUUUUAUGGCACCUUUACCACUUCUACUAAUGGACUUAUGGGUUCGGCUAUUUGCUCCUUCACUUUGGCUGACAUCCAAGCAGCAUUUGAUGGGAAAUUUAAAGAACAAGCUACAUCGUCUUCAGCGUGGCUUCCAGUGUUGAGCGGUCGCGUUCCAGAACCACGCCCUGGUACAUGCGUCAACAAUACGGAAUCGCUUCCAGAUAAUGUUCUGAAUUUCAUAAGAUCUCAUCCCCUUAUGGAUUCUGCUAUAAUGCACGAAUAUGAGAAGCCAGUUUACUUCAAACGUGAUAUAUUUUUUACCAGAUUAGUUGUUGAUAAAGUGCGUGUUGAUAUUGGAGGCGCUGUUGUUGAUUAUACUGUUUAUUAUGCUGGAACAAACGAUGGCAGAGUUCAAAAAAUCGUCGAAUGGACAAACGAACACCAAGAAGAAUCCUCAUCAAUUCUCCUAGACAUUUUCGACGUUACUCCUGGUGAAUCUAUUCAAAUAAUGGAAAUCUCCAAAGAACACAAAGCACUAUACGUAGCUUCAGAUAAUAGGGUGAAGCAGGUUGAUUUAGUUAUGUGCAAUCGCAGAUAUGAUAAUUGCCUUAGGUGUGUGCACGAUCCUUAUUGUGGAUGGGAUAAGGACUCCAAUGUUUGUAAACCAUAUUCUCCAGGAUUAUUGCAAGAUGUUUCCAAUAGUACGAUAGACGUAUGCGACAGUAGCGUUAUAAAGAAGAAGAUGAUGGUAACAUGGGGACAAAGCCUUCAUUUGGGUUGCUUUUUAAAAAUGCCCGCAGUAUUGCAAUCUCAAGCGAUCACUUGGUACCACUACUCAAAGGAAAAAGGUCGCUACAAGAUUCAAUAUAAACCUGAGAAAUAUGUUGAGACUUCCGAACAUGUAAUAAUCUCAGUAACUGAAGCCGAUGCGGGCAGAUAUGAUUGUUGGAUGGGAGCUUCUCUUUUGUGUUCUUACAAUGUCACCGUUGACGCUCACAGAUGCUCUCCUCCGGCCAAAGGCAACGACUAUCAGAAGAUUUAUUCAGACUGGUGCCACGAAUUUGAAAAAUACAAAUCGGCUAUGAAGACUUGGGAGAAAAAGCAAACAAACUCGGAAUUAAUUAUUGCCCUCGAAACCCAAUUGGAGAACAUGGAGCAAGCUUCCAAGAGCAACUGCAUCCGAAUUUGUGACAUGGAAAUUUGUGAAAGGAAUGACGCUCCAGUGGCGGUAUCCUCUUUCAUUAAUAAUAAACUCAAAACCCUGUGCACCUUACAAGACUUGGACUUUGCAUUGGUUCUCAACAAUAAAGACGAUGAACAGCUGGAAGAUGCUGUGGUGGAAAAAUGGAAAAAUAUUAGAGAUGCCUUCAGUAAAUCACUAAAGAAGAAAACCGGCGAUAAAUAUAAGAAAAAGUAUUUGUACCAUGAACAGCUCUUAUUCCUGCUCGCGAUAUUGGAAAAAGCCGAAACUGAAGAAAGUUUCCAUAGCAACGCUGAGAAAGGGUCCGAAACUGGCGAAAAUAGUCCACAAAUGGAUAGUGACAAAGGGGACGACAAUAUUCAAAUACGUACAUAA